CGAAAACAUGUGCAAAAAGUAACUAUAAGUACGAAAACCGCCUUCUUUUGUAAACAAUAUUCCAACCAGCAUAAAUGGCCUCAUCCCGAGAGCUGUCAAUAUCAGGGUCCAGGAUGUCAGCGAAGCAGCGUACCACACAGAAGGUGAAACAGAGGCUCCAGGAAAAAUUGUUGGCACUUGAAAACCAGGAGGAAACAUUGUACACAAUCCUCCACAACUAUGUGCACAAGGCAAAGUGUGAGGCACGGUCUGGGCUAUCCCUGGAGGAUUCUGGCCUGUUCCUUCAGCAGUAUGGCAACAUUGAGCAGCUACUGGACCGGGUGUUCAACACGUGUGAGCUCCUUACUGCAUCGCUUGAGGACAUGAUUGAGAGUGGGGGUGAUAGGAUAGACCUUGACUCAGAGAGGGCCAUGACCUACUGUAGCCAACUUCUAUCCUCUGCUCAGUGUAACCAAGAUCAUAGUUCCUUGAAUGCCACGGUAACAGAGGAAGCAGUAAGUACACCGGAAAAAAAGGAACCUGAGAUAGACAUUACAGGGCCCACAUCUGAAGAGAAGGUUAACAACAUUAAACAUGCAGCAGAAGAAACAAGCCUGUCUAGAUCACUUGAACAACAGAUAAAGGUUGAAAAUAAAGAAUUCAAGGCACAUAAUGCAAACAAAACAGAUGAAAUAAACAAUUUAACAGUUGAAAGUGUUGAAACAUCUGAUAAAGCCAACAGACAACAGAAGCUAGAAAGUGCAAGAACUGCCAAAGAAAAGGGAUCUGGAGUUGAUCAGACGGAUGCUUCUGGUCCUGAUGUUUAUAAAGUGGAUGACAGUGGCCUCAUAAAUAUGUGUAAAAUGGAGAAGAGAGAUGAAACUCUGUCAAGAAAAGCAGAUGUUAAGUUUGCUACUUGUGUACCUGAUUCUGUCAAGGAAAAGUUCAACGAAGGAAUUAACUCAUCAUUUGAGGAACAAAAAUACUCUGGAAAAGGUAUAAAGGCCAGUGGUGGAAUAGCUACUGAUGAAUCAAGUGAGAUAGAUGGGAACAGUAAAACUAGUCUAGAAUCAAGGGAAAUAGUCAAAAGUCGAUCUGGUAAGGGUAUGUUGGCUGUUGAAACUAGUUCUAGUGAACAACCCAGUCCAAAGAAAUCAAAGAAAAACAAAAAGAUCAAGAAAAGCAGAAAAAAGUCUGGAAGUGAACAUGGUACAGCUGCAAGUGUGAAUAUCAGUGUAUCUGAAGAACCUCCAGUAAACAUUGCAGAUAAUGGUGAAGUGUCUGAGAAAACUGUGAGAAAUGGUAGUAUUGUUGUCGAGGCAAAAGGGCAGGAGGUAGAAACAGUGCCUGAAAAAACUGUUGAUGAACUUAAUACAGGAACUCUAGUGAAGAAAGUUUCUGAUAAUGAUAAAAUAACAGAAAAAGAAACAAUUGUUAAUGAUCAAGGAAGUACAAAAAACAUUAUUUCCAUUGAAACAUCAUGUACUUAUUCACCACCAGUUAUCAAGAAGAUAGUAUUAAGACCAAGCUUCCUGCCUUCAGGGAGGAUAACUCAGGUGGUGAUCAGUGAGAUUCUCUCCCCUUGGUGCUUCUUUGUUAAUCGAAGUGGAGAACAGCUACCAGACCUCAUGCAAAGAAUUAAUGCAUACACAGCAGAUCCCUCCAACACAGAUGUAUACCUGCCUCAUCCCAAGGCAGGCAGUGUUUGUCUGGCUCGGUUCAGUAAGGACACAUAUUACUACAGAGCUUACAUUCUACAGACCUAUAUUGCAGGGUCAGACACUACUGUGAGUGAGGUGGAUGUUUUGUAUGUAGACUACGGUAACAGGGAGAGAUUGAGGGUGACAGCGUUGCGGCCCCUUCCUGGCAUGUUUACUCUUCUCCCCACCCAGGCCAUCUGCUGUGCCCUGGCUGAGGUAAUGCCAGGUAACAGAUACUGUGAAUGGGCGGAGAGUAGCACCCACACGUUCAGUCAGCUUACCAUGGGCAACCAGCAGCUCACUUGCACCGUCGCAUGCCCAAGCCGCGACCCCGCCAUCCCAGUGCUUGUGGAUCUCGUGGUCAGCUACCCAGUGCAGCCCACUGUUCAACAGAGCUUUGUCAUGUCUCAGAUCAGAGUUUCCACCCUGCUGGUGAAUGCUGGAGCCGCAAAGCCUGUGAGUGUGAUACACCAGGUUGGGCUGAUGUCUGUGUCAGGGGAUUGGGAGCAGGAUGCAGACAUUUUGAGGUACAAUAUUGCCUUGGAGCUUGGGGCAGCACAGGAGAGCAGCCAAACAAACAAGUCAGACACUGAUAAAAAUAUGCUUGAAAAUGAUAUAAGCUCAGACAAGAAAGAUGGUGUCAAACAGCUCACAAGCAAAGGGAACCCAGGAGGUCCAAUUUCCCCACAGUCUGAGGCUUCAGAGACAGAGUCACAGCAGACAGAAUUGAACAAGAGGCAAGUCCAGGGUGGGACACUUGGAGGUAUUAUGGAGGAAGCUGACCAAACACAGAUGGAACAGGAGAUCAGACAGGAGGUGGAAAGGUCAGAGCUAGCCUCAGAGUCCUCUGUGUCUGACCUAGACUUCCUCACUGGCAUUGACCUUAAGCUCACUGACCUCAAGUUUGACCUGGAUGACUCCAACCUUAACCCUCAAGGUCAGGAGGUGAUGCUGGCUUAUAUAGGGUCACCAGGGGAGUUUUUUGUGCACAUCAUCUCUCAGAAAAGUGCUCACACUCUGGAUAAAUUGAUGAUGGCCCUGAAUCGUUUGUUUGAGAAGGCAAACAGACGAAAGCUGACAAAACUUAGUAAAACCUAUGAACCUGAGAUUGGCAAGUUGUGCUGUGCCCAGUUUACACAGGAUGAUAACUUCUACAGAGGUGUAGUAAAGAGCCUGACACCAAAGAAUCAGAUAGCUAAAGGAAGAGUACUGAUACACUACAUCGAUUUUGGAGAUGAGGAGUGGCUACCAAAGAGAAGGGUGUUCCCUCUACCUGCCCAGUUUGCUGAGGUUCCCCGGAUGGCUCUGAGGUGCUGCCUGGCCUACAUCCAGCCUUGCUCCUCCCAGGACUGUAGGGCAACGGGUUCUGAGGGUGAUAGUAGGGAACAAGAUUCUAUGGAUAGUAUGGCAGUGAAUGGUGAGCAGAAAGUGGAUAAUAUGGUAGAGGAAUCUGGGAAGAGCUGUAAAGACAGUGAGGAUGAGGAUAUACAGGAGUGGCCUGAAAAUGCCAUCAAGAAGUUUAAAGACAUUGCAGGGAAUGAGAAGACUGUUACCAUGCAUAUUGUCCAGGGCAAUCUGGCAGACCAGAAAAACAGUAGCAGUUUGGAGGAUGCCAGCUGCAGUCUGAAAGUCCUGUUAGUGGACAAUACGGGGACAGAAGAAGUGUGCAUCAACAUGGACCUGAUCCAGGAAAACCUGGCCCAGCUGGCUAACUCCCAGACCAGAACUAACGACUCUGAGGCAACACCAUUAUUUGUGCCCGAGGUCAUGACCGAACAUGCUACUGAUCAAGCUAACUCCCAGGACUCCAGGAAAGCCCUGCCCUCCAGCCAGGAGUUACCUGCCCCUGUAGCACGCAAAAAGGAGUCAAAUCCUCUGGAAAAAUGGAACCCAAUGGAGGACGACUUCCUGUCGCGAAGAAACAACUAUGAGAUGGAUGUUGAUGAUGUGGGCGUGGCCACCACAGGAUACAAGGCUAGGGAUGAGAUGGUGUGCAAAUUCUACAGUUCCGGCCGGAGAUGCUGGAAGGGGGACCGCUGUCGCUUUAAGCACAUAGCCGAAGUCUCAGGGGUUACAAACUUGCAGGAAGAGGUGUAUGCGAUCUGUGACCAUCAGGAGGAGAUCCUGCCAGACCCAGGGAGCUGGGUUGCCAUGGACAUUACCACCAUUAUCUCCCCAGGGCGCUUCUACACCAUCCUACCCAUGGGCAAGGGGUCUCUCAACAGCCUCUCCUCUGGCAGCUCCAGUCGUACAACUAGUGUGUUUGAGCAGCAGGAGUGUGAGGAAACACUAGAUGAUCUUCUUAGUUCUCUCAACACUGAGUAUAGCAACAAGUCUACAUUCCACACGGGCAGCGAGUACCUUAGGGCACUGGGUGAGAUCGUAGUAGCCCGGUACUCCCAGGACAGCCAGUGGUACAGGGCAAGGAUAGUAGAGGUGGAUGAAGAAAAGGUCAAGGUGUUCUACGUUGACUUUGGGAACACAGAGUGGUUAGCGGACAGGGAGGUAUGUGACAUCAAGCCAGAGUUCCUGCAUCUGCCCUUUCAGGCCCUCGAAUGCUUCCUUACCAGCAUCGCACCUGCACACGCCAGCAAUACAUGGCCUAAGGAAGCCUCACAGUUCUUCAGGGAACUAGUUGAUGGGAAGACCUUGGUUGCUCAUGUGAAGUCAAGAUUGUGGAAUGGUCCUCUGAUGGUCGAGUUAUUUGAUACUUCGGAAGAGGUUGAUAUUAACAUCUCCAAACGCCUUGUGGAGGAGGGCUAUGCUUCAGUUGUCGAAGACACACAGACAGAUAUCUCUUGCUCCAACAGUGAGGCAGGGAGCGUACCCAGGGAGGUCUUUAUUCCAGGCUGAUUAUACAUUUAAGAGAAAUUUUCAUCCCUUAGUGAUUUGAUGAACAAACCAGACAUGUUUGUUUAUGGAGGAUUUAUGAAGAAAAUUGACUUGACAAGAGAAAACUAACAGGAAGCAAAGGAUCGCUUUGGUUGAAAAAAUGACUCCUGGUAAAGAAAGGGAUUUUAAAGAGGUCAUUUCAAGAUGAACUAGGGAGAGAAGAGCUGACACUGACAUUUACACGUUAGUUUGCUUAGAGAAGGGUUCAUUCCAGGACUAUAUUGUUCAAGAAAAUGUUUCACUAAAUGGUGAUACUAAAUAUCUUGCAAUAAGAUGUUUGCAAGAUGAGUUUAUACCUUUGAUUAGAUGUUAUAUUCAUUACUUGAUAAACAGCCAUAACAACAAAGAAUGUUCAUUUCUGGAGAGCGUGGCAAAAAUCCUGAGUGUUUAUUUACGGAUAGUUAGGUCAUAAAAGUGUUUCUAGCUGACAAGCCAGGAUUCUGUUAGAAGUGGUAUUAUAACUAUUGUAAUAAUUACCAAAUACAAAAUAAUUUUCAGAUGUUUAUUGUUGACAUGAACAGUUUCUGUGUUUAGGGAAAACGCAACUGCUCUUGUGUAUUUUGUCAAAGUUGCAUAAAGAUCUAUUAAACUACUCAGGCACUCCCUAAGAGUUAUUUUAGAAUAACCUAGAUUCUAUUUUUUUCUUACAAAUGCUCAGAAUGGUGCUACCUUAAGAAUAAACGUAUAUUUUUAAGUAACCGAAAUACAUCUCUGUUAAAAAAGUCAAAAGGUUUUGUCAGAUAAAAUACCAGUUAGUUUAUAUUUCAACUAUGGUUGUUCUUUAAUAGCAAUUUAAUACUUCUAUAGUCAGCUCUUUUGAUAUUGUAAAGCAAGAAAAAAAAAAAAAAUACAUUCAUAUAAAAGAAUUAUUAAUCCCCUGUCAUUUGAUUUUCAAAAAGUGCCAGGGAAACAUUAAUUUAUUUUGGCCUUUGUUUAGAAUUGUUAAAGUUUUGUUUUUCAGUGUUGUAAUUUUACUUUAGAAAGAUAUAAUCUAGUCAAAAGUAUGACAUUCACAGUUACUUACUUGAUAUUUGUUUUUAUGUUUGGAAUUAGACGUUCACCCUUGUACAAGUUUCUGCUUUCAUUUCUAAAACAUUAUUAUUAAAUAUGAUGUGAUUUGAUGAAAAUACACCAUAGGCAUUUAUUCAGACUUAAAGAAUCUCUAACACCUUGUGUCUUUACAUGAUUUGAUAGCCGUUGUAUUGUAAUGUACUUGUGGCCAUACUUUGUCAACAUGUAAAACUGAAUUUCUCUGUUAAAUCCAGCUUUUCUUUUUCUUUCUUAACUUUUAAUUAUGUUUGUUGAAACUAUAAUUUUCAUUGUUUUUAAAGGUAAGACAACCUUUACAGAAAGUGUCUUUUGUACAUUUAUUGAUGUUAAACAACAAUAGCGAAAUUAAACUUUUGUUCUGUUGUUGGUGUUUCAGCUAUCAAUGCGCAUCUUUUUGUGAUGCCAUGACGGACACAUAGGGAUAACUAUGUCGGGCAGGAACGUCUGCUAAGGUGUCAUACUUCUUUGUGAUCACUAACUUUUGAAUGACCUUUUAAUGGAUCUUGGGACUUAUGCACA